CUGGCAGAGAGAGAGAGAUAGCAGCUCAUCUCAACACGCGCGCACGGGGCGGCAUGGCGGUCGUCAGCGGCGGGAAGCGCGCGCUCCUCGUCGGCGUGAGCUACAAGGGCGACACCAGCAGAGAGCUGACGGGCGCGGCCGAAGACGUCAAGAACAUGAACAGCCUCCUCAAAAAAUUCCUCUUCCCCGAGGAAUCCAUCCACAUGCUCACCGAGGAGUUGGGCGCCAAGGACCCGUUGAAGGCGCCGACGAGGGAGAACAUUAUGAAGGAGAUGCGGUGGCUGGUGGAGGGGUGCCGCGCCGGCGACUCGCUGGUGUUCCACUUCUCCGGCCACGGCCGGCAGAGGAAGGACGACAACGGCGACGAGGUGGACGGCCGAGACGAGGAGCUCUGCCCAGUGGACUACAAGGUGAGCGGCAACAUCUUGGACGACGACAUCAACGAUGCCAUCGUCAAGCCGCUCACCCAAGGCGUGAAGCUGCACGCCAUCAUCGACACCUGCCACAGCGGCACCAUGCUCGACCUCCCCUACCUCUGCCGCUUUAACAGAAUGGGUCUAUGUUCAAGAUACAAGUGGGUUGGCCAAACGCGUUGGCGACUAUCCCCAAAGAAAGAGUGGGCGAUGGUCCCCGUAGGCGGCCACGCCAUCUCCAUCAGCGGCUGCAAGGACUACCAGAAUUCUCUAGAGCCAGACAACACCCAGGCCGGCGGCGGCGUCAUGACAUGGAGCUUCCUGGAGGCAGUGGGAUCGCGGAGGACGAUGACGUAUGGGGAGCUGCUGGACUCGAUGCGGGCGAAGGUACACCAUAGGUUGCAGCAAAGCAGCUCCGGCAAGUGCCUCGUAACGGGCUGCCUCGGCUCGCUCGCCGCCAAGUGUCUCCCCUGCUGCUUCCUCAGCGUGCAGGAGCCGCAGCUCUGUUCGUCGAAGGAGUUCAACGUCUACGAGGAGCAGUUUAUCCUGUGACCGACCGCAUUGUCCCGGGCACAAGCUCCAUUCAGAUGAAAACCUCUGCUCCUCCAGCUCCAUUCUAAUUGCGGAUGCUGGAUAUCAUACACGUAGGCUCGCUUUCUUAAAAUAAAAUUUAAAUAUUAUUGUUCGUAGAAAAGAGUAUGAUAGUGUGAUAUCAAAAUGUGGACGAGGAAAAAAACCGUGUUCUAAGUAUCGUGUAUUAGCGAAGGAUAUAUGUUGCUCUGUUGCUGCGGCCAUGGCCAUGCAUGUGUGUUCUUACAAAAACUCAAGCGUGUGAUCAUAUUUAUAAUAAGGUAGCGCAGAGCGACGGAUUGGAACUGAAAUUGUGUAAUUGAGCGUGUACUUUGUAUUGUCCAAAUCUGUUUUUAUAAUUUGUAAGUUUGUUAAGCUUCGGUCA